AUGCCUGGCCCGCCAGGCCUUUGGCGGCAGCUGCUGCCAUGGUCGUCACUGGCGGCCGAACCCGACGGCGCCCCGACCAUGACAGUGGCCGAACCAUCGCAGCACCUCCUCGCGAAGCGCCAUCUCACAGACAGGGCCGUUGCCGGCGUCACCGUCGGCGUCAUCGUCUUUUGCUUGCUGCUCGCCUUUUGCCUCUAUCCCGUUAUCGUUGGCUGCAUAAAGGGACGCAAGUUUGACACUCGUCUGAAUCAGCACCUCGACAUCGAGACGGCCAUUGGGGACGAGCACCAUGCUACCGACGGCGCGCGUCCGCGCCUUUCGUCCAGCGACUCGCUCAAGAAUAGCAAUACAUUGUCCAGAGGCUACGAAUUUGAUCCUGCCGCCGCCGUUCCACAGCGGGAAGGCGUGCCAAACCCGGACCAAACCCUGCUCAACUUUGCCCACUACGACCCUGGAACCGCGCGAGGCACCAUCGAAUACAUGCCCGAGGACAUGGUCGACGACCAGCCCGGCGUACUCAAAGGCACAAGCGAAGACUACUACCGAACGUCGAUACCAUCAUCCGCCUUUGGCAUGCCCGACGAACCAUUUUGGCUCCCGCCCCGAACGACCUCGCGCGCCAGCUCCCUCUCGCACAAUGUCCGCCACAUGUUCCGCCGCAAAAGCGACAAGAAUCAGACUUUUAGCUCAGUCGGUUCUUCAGGCGAUGGUGCCGAGCAGGGAGGGACGCCGCUGCAGCGCAUCAUCACAGCCGAGGAGCCUAUGGCCGAGUCGCCCACGGAGUUGUCGCCACGCUCCAGUCCACAUCCGCGGUCUCCCGCCCUAGGGCCACUGCCGUCGGUGACGCCGAGAGGCCUAUCGUCCGAGCCGCCCGGUGGUGCGUUGUCGAGCGCGUCAUCACCCCGAACGCUUAUCAAGUCGUCCCCUCCAGCCAAUCCAGCACCCGGCACGGUAAAUCCAAUGGACAUCAUGGCCCCGAGCACGGAAUCAGAACAGUGGCACAGGACAGAAUAUCAGCUCUAUGCGUCAUCCUAUGAAUCACCCCCUCCCCAGCCACUACAGCCCCCUGCGGAGCCGGACCAGGUUUCACCAGACAGCAUGAACCAAGCCAACUCGCCAGACGUUCAUAUGAGCUCAGCAAACCAAGACACGUCGGAGCAGAAACAGCCUGGGCAGAACCAGGCUGUCGCCGGCGAAGAAAGCCAUCUCCCGGCGGACAACAUCAAACCUGUCGGACGCCAUCCAAGCUUUCCAUCCGAGAUUUCCACACCUCUUCCGGGCCCAGGCUUCACCGAUGCGUCAUCACAGAAUACACCAUCAACACAGCUGGACACGCCCUCUCCAGAUUCUCGAAAUAGCUCCGAAUUUCGCCAUAGUGUUUCCCCAGGCAUCGUCGCACACCACAUGCCUUCGCCUGUUAAGAACCAGGAUGGCAUGUAUCAAUGCGAUGAAACUGGCUGCACACAAGCCUUUGACCAGCCGCAUAAACUCAAGCAUCACCAGCGCUAUCACAGCAAAGACCACAAGUGCCCGUACACCGGUUGCGGCAAGGGUUUCGGCACCAAGACGCAUUUGCAGCGUCACAUUAACGACAGGCACGAGAAGAAGAAGAAGUUUCACUGCUCGAUUGAAGGCUGCGACUACUCCAAGUUUGGCGGCCGGGCGUUUCCCAGAAAGGAUAAUUGGAAGCGCCACAUGAUGAAGAUUCACAACCUCGCGCAGCAGCAGCUGCCUAUGCCGGUCGAGGUGGACGCAGAAAUGACGGGCCUAUAG